AUGGGUAAUACGAAUGGACAAGUAGUAGCUGGUGGCAAUGGCAAAGGAAAUCAAUUGAGCCAAAUGGAAGAGCCAACUGAUGUGUUGAUCGACAAAGAGACGGAUAGUCUUCUUAUCUGCGAUAACAACAAUCGACGAGUCGUACGAUGGUCUCGUCGUAGUGGCACAACUCAAGGAGAAAUCCUCAUCAAUAACAUCCAUUGUUUUGGAUUGGCCAUGGAUGAUCAGAGAUAUCUCUACAUCUCUGACACCGGCAAACAUGAAGUAAGACGAUAUCAAAUAGGAGACAAGAAUGGAACUAUUGUGGCUGGUGGUAAUGGCCAAGGUGAUGGUCUCAAUCAACUCAACGAUCCGUACUACAUCUUUGUUGAUCAACAACAGACUGUCUACGUGUCAGACAACGAAAAUCAUCGUGUAAUGAAAUGGAAUAAAGGUGCAAAAGAAGGAAUUGUCGUCGCUGGAGGUCAAGACGAAGGGAAUGCUCUGACACAAUUGUCGCUUCCUCAAGGACUGUUCGUCGAUACAUGGGGUACCAUCUAUGUAGCAGACUCGUGGAAUCAUCGAGUGAUGCGUUGGCCUAAAGGAGCGAAAGAGGGCACUGUCAUUGUGGGUGGAAAUGGACAAGGUGAAAAAGCAAAUCAGUUGAACUACCCCAUGGGUUUGUCCUUUGAUCGACAUGGCAAUCUCUAUGUCGCCGAUCAGCGGAAUAAUCGUGUUCAAUGCUUUUCAAUCGAAUAG